AUGGCUGCUGCUGAUCCUAUUCCUCUUGUCACACCAUACAAAAUGGGAAACUUCAAUCUCUCCCACAGAGUUGUUUUGGCACCACUUACUAGAACAAGAUCAUACAACAAUGUUCCUCAGCCUCAUGCUAUUCUCUAUUACUCUCAGAGAGCAUCUCAAGGUGGACUUCUCAUAACAGAAGCCACUGGUGUCUCUGACACUGCUCAAGGCUAUCCAAACACACCAGGUAUUUGGACUCAAGAACAAGUGGAAGCAUGGAAACCUAUUGUAGAUGCUGUUCAUGCCAAAGGCGGUGUCAUUAUCUGUCAGAUUUGGCACGUUGGAAGGGUUUCAAAUUCAUGUUAUCAGCCGAAUGGGAAAACACCGAUAUCUUCUUCUGACAAGUCACUCACAAGCAGUCAUGCACAACAAUUCACGCCUCCGAGAAGGCUAAGCACCGACGAAAUUCCUGAUAUUGUCAAUGACUUCAGACUUGCUGCAAAAAAUGCUAUCGAAGCUGGUUUUGAUGGGAUUGAGAUACAUGCGGCUCAUGGCUACUUAAUUGAACAAUUCAUGAAAGAUGAAGUGAAUGAUAGAACAGAUGAAUAUGGUGGAUCUAUUGAGAACCGUUGUCGAUUUGCUUUGGAAAUUGUUGAGGCUACUGUGAAUGAAAUAGGGGCAGAUAAAGUUGGAAUAAGAUUAUCACCUUUUGCAGAACAUUCAGAAUGUGGAGACUCCAAUCCUAAAGAAGUGGGACUUUAUAUGGUGAAUGCUCUCAAUAAGUAUAAUCUUCUAUACUGUCACAUGGUGGAACCAAGAAUAAAAUCUGCUUUUGAAGUGGUUGAUAAUAGUCCUCACAGUUUGGUGCCAAUGAGAAAGGCUUUCAAUGGCACUUUCAUAGUUGCAGGAGGUUAUGACAGACAAGAUGGAAUCAAUGCUGUAGCAGAAAACAAGACAGAUCUUGUUGUUUAUGGUCGUUUGUUCUUAGCUAAUCCAGAUUUGCCAAAGAGAUUUGCACUUAAUGCUCCUCUCAACAAGUAUAAUAGGGAGACAUUCUACACUUCUGAUCCAGUUCUUGGUUACACGGACUACCCAUUUCUCGACUGA